AAGAAACCAGUAUACUGGUUAAGUUUUAAGUGUCUUGUACAACAUUUCCAAAACAUUGUUGUUUUAUGUCACUUCUGGGCGCAGUUAUACUGAAGCAUACAAGUAGACAGCAGAUAUGUUUACGACACAUCAAAUGAACCAGACAACUGAUAGCCUUCACAUACAUAAUUCAAGCACGACAAACUCUGGGUCUGACGUGGAAAAACCUGCUGCAAAUAUUGUACCUUCUAUUCUUUUUAUGACAUUUGGGACGCUGGGAAAUGGACUGGUGCUGUUUCUUCUCUGUCGGUUUUCCGCAGAACACAAAUGGCGUCCUUUUUACAGAUUUGUAUUGGCACUGUCUAUGAACGACCUUCUAGGAUUCACAUUUGCAACACCCUUUGGCAUCGCUCGAUAUAUCACAAACUUUAACUUUGAUUUCCCUGAUAGUCUUUGCAGCUACAUAGCUUUCAUUCAUAUGUUUGGAAUUUUGAACUCGGCUUGUAUAGUAUUAUCCAUGUCUCUGGAUAGAUUCAUAGCGAUAGUUUUUCCGUUUAAAUACAGCACGUCUUUAAAAGACCGCAGAGCUAACCUGUUGUUGUUAAUUGGAUGCGUCGUUUCAUUUCUUAUGUCGACUAUUCCACUUUUGGCGGGAAGACGCAGUCGCAGAUUUUAUCCGGGUUCAUGGUGCUUCGUAGAUUUCAAGUCUGACAGCUGGGUUGAUCGAGGCAUCUCCUUGGCUUACGCCUCCGCUGGCUUUAUAAUUAUGUGUUUAGUUGUCGUACUGAAUAUUUCAGUAAUCGUUACUCUUGUGCGUCAACAUUGUUUAACCGGAAACGAACGGAAACAACAGACAGCAUUUAGGAAGAAGAGAAAACAUUUGAUAGUUCUUAUGUUUGCUGUUGUCGUUCUGGCUGUCGUCUGCAACGUACCAUUGUUGAUCAACGUGUUUGCGCGUUCACUGGGAAUACUUCAAGGAAUGGAGAGUUUUGAAGUGUUUGGUCUCCGCAUGGCGUAUGUGAACAAUGUUCUUAACCCCUGGGUAUACAUCCUACUGCGAAAAGAAACUGUUGUAUUUUUCCAGAAAUUUCUACGCCUUCAAGUGUGUUGCAAAAACCGAGAAACUUCCACUGAUUCGACGGCGUUGUAAUCUCAGUGUGUUUUGAUAUUUACCUUUUUAAAAGGACAAUUUAUACAAAUGAAAUUUUCUACCUCUUCUGUCGAAAGUUCCAACAAUAAUAAUAUGUUUAUUGGUUUUAUUUUUCUUAUUAAUAUUUAUUUAAAACUCUCAUGUCAUUAAGACAUUUUGACAGCAAAAAUGAAAAAAAAAAUUCAGAACUUGGGUUUUAUCAUUCAUACUAACUUUAACCCAUGUUGUAGUGAUAUGAUGUUUGAGACCCAAUCUGAGAUUUAGAAUCGAGCCUAUUAUAAAAAAAAACUGUUUGCAAAUAGAUUCACUUUUAACUGUUGAUUAUGCACAUGUAAUUGGAUACUUCUUGUAUGCAUAUACAUGAAGAUCAACAAUUUGCCUAAAUUAAAGGAUAAUGUUUAUUGGCCAAGUUUUUUAAGUCUGUUUUAAUUUACACAAUUUGAAGACAUUUUGAUCCCAUUCAUGUUUUGAAAAUAUCAUGUUACUAAA